CUACUUAAUGAAAAAAAAAAAUUUAUGAUUUAGAGGAAUUGGAAUUCUCAAUUAUAUACGUUUCUUUUAUUCUGUUUUUAACCAGAAUUAUUUUAUUUUAAGUGCGAUAGUUUUGUGGUAGCUUGAAAAAUCACAUCAAAGUUGGAAUUAAAGAACUUGUAAUUUUUACAUUGAGUUUCUUUUACAGAGCUGUGUUGGUACAUUGAAAUUUUAAAAGAUCCCGUCCCAUUACUAUUAAACAUCAACGGAUGCAGCAGUGUUAUAUUUUGUUUUUAAUUUUUUUAACGAGUCCAAGAUGGUUGACAGUCGGAGCUACAUCAUCCCAAGAAUUGAAGCCUUCCAGGAUAGUCAAACGAAACAGUUUCCACACAGAUGACAUUUCUUCAGCCGACAGUGUCCACAUACCAAAUGAGUUAGAGCUAAAUCAACGCCAUCCUUUGCAGCCAAAUACCAAGGCUGAUGUGGAAUUCAUACAAAGUGACUAUAAAACAGCAAUUCCGGAUGGAGUUUCGGCUCCACCAUUCGGGAGUGAACUUCAUUCGACGAAUCGAACAGAAUAUGAUGAACAUUCAGCCAUUCACGUAGCAUCGUGGCAGUGGGAAUAUGUUAGGACACCUUUCAUUUACACAUCGGUUGUCAUCGUCGCUGGACUGUGCAAGAUCGGUUUCCAUCAUGCUGAAUUCCUAUCAACAAUCUUGCCGGAAUCUUGCAUUUUGAUUGUUCUAGGCAUUAUAGUAGGAACAAUAGUUCACUUCACCCAGUCCAGGGAAUUUCUUCCACAGUUUACUCCAAAGGCCUUUUUCCUCUUUUUACUGCCACCGAUUGUUCUAGAAUCAGCAUAUUCUCUUCAUGAUCGAGCAUUUUUUAGCAACCUUGGCACAAUUGUCUUGUAUGCAGUAGUAGGUACCAUAAUUAAUUGCUUUGUUAUUGGUCUUUCUCUAUAUGGUUUAACUUCAUAUGGGGCUGUAAGUGAUAUUAAAUUGCAAAUGGUUGAGUGCCUUGUAUUCAGUGCCCUUAUAUCAGCUGUGGACCCAGUAGCGGUUCUAGCCAUUUUCCAAGAAGUAGGAGUGAAUAAAAAUCUAUAUUUUUUAGUGUUUGGAGAAUCUUUACUAAAUGAUGCCGUUACCAUUGUGCUUUAUAUGAUGAUGGUAGGAUUCUCAAAAGCGGAAUAUAUAACUGCUGAACAAAUAGCUGUAGGAAUAGCUGCUUUUGUUUGCGUCAGUCUUGGUGGACUUGCUAUUGGAAUUGCCAUGGGAAUACUCACCGCGCUGAUAACGAAACACACUGAAGACGUCAGAGUUGUGGAACCUUUGGCUAUGCUGGGAGUUGCCUACUUGUCGUAUUUACUCGCAGAAAUGGUUCAUUUUUCUGGUAUUAUUAGUAUUAUUGGUUGUGGUAUUGUCCAAGCUCAUUAUGCUUCCAAGAACAUUUCCGAUAAAUCAAACACAACGGUCAAAUAUUUCACCAAAAUGGUGAGUGCAGUUUGUGAUACCGUCAUCUUUCUGUUUCUUGGGAUGGUACUUGUUGAUGAUCAGCAUAUAUGGCACACUGGAUUUGUAUUCUGGUCAACAGGGCUUUGUUUCUUCGUUCGAUUUGCAAGCGUCUUUCUCCUGACUUACAUCGCCAAUAAAACAGAAAGGACGCAUCGGAUCAACACGGAAGAACAAUUUAUAAUGGCUUACGGGGGUCUCCGAGGAGCUGUUGCCUUUUCAUUGGUCAUCAUGUUGGACGAUAUUGAGCACAAAAAUUUAUUCACUUCUGCAACACUUUUUAUUGUCCUCUUUACUGUCUUUGUUCAGGGAGCAACGAUAAAACCUUUAGUCAAUCUUUUGAAAAUAAGAAGACAAGGUGCAAAAAAUAGUACUAGCAUGUUCACAGAAGUAAAUAAAAAGCUUCUUGAUCACGUGAUGGCAGGUGUUGAGGAAGUUACGGGAGAUCACGGAGGAAAUUAUUGGAAGCAACUUUUGUUUUACUACAAUAAUAAAUAUUUAAAGAAAUGGUUACAGUGCAAGAAAGCUGAAAGCAACCUGAGCAGAGUUUAUACUCGGAUGAUGUUAGAAGACCAUUUUGCUCAUCUAUAUGGACCAGCCGUUGCAAUUGAAGACCAUAAACCACUUUUAUUGAAUAAGGUGUCGAUGGAAGAUACGGAAGAUAUCUUGGAGGUCCUCCCACCUGUAACGGAAGAGAAUGAGGAAGAGAUCGAGAUAGAAACCAAGGAAGAGGAUGGAGAGAAAGUAAUGGAUGGGCAUAAACUGAGAAGGCAGAGUUGCAAAUUUGACCUGCAGGACUCUGAGGAAGGCAAACCAUUAAGAAGCAAGAAAAAGAGGAAUUCUGACUCUGCUGCGACACCUGAACGACCACCCCUAUUUAAGACUCAGACAACCCUGGCUUUGUUUACAAAGUCUCCAGAGGACGACGCUUCUAAGUUGCUACAAAAAGCUUUCUCUGAUAACCCGUACAACAAGCUACACCAGAAGUACAAUCCUAACUUGGUGAGUGAUGAGAGUAGAGACAUGGCGGCACUCCUAAAAAUCAGGCGCCUGCGUGCAAGAAGAUUGACGCUCCUCGCUAUGCACAAAAAAGAUUCAGAGACACCCAUUGCUCGUAGACCCUCUGUGACGGAAGAACAGAUUCAGAUGAACAAUCCCAUGGUACCACUAGCGGCUUCUUUCUUCCUGGAGAAGGCUCAGCGUCGCCGAAUGCUCAAAAGAGAAUCUGUGUCCUCUCAGGAAGGAGAAGGCGCUUCGUCCUCACCUCCCACAAAUAGCAAGUCCACCAAACUAGAGAGACAGUGUGCGAUCACGACACAACGAGGAUCUAGUGCAACUUUUUCCAUCGCAGAAGAAGAGAGUGAGGUUAACGUUAUCAGAAGGUCGUCUAAAGAUAGUGCUGUUAAAGUUGACGUUCGAAAUUCCAAUGAGUCGAUGGUGUGAUAAAUGUUUGAAAUCAGUAUUUUUGAAAUGGAACUGCGAGUUACUUUAUUAAAAUGUGUUGGGAAUUGAUCAACUUCAUUUGUAUUGCAAUAUUUGUGUUUGUCGAAUAAAUAAAUGACAUUACAGUCAUUAGAAAGACACCAAGAGCGUUGUUCAAAUCGAGCAUUCUGAAUUCAAUGCGUUCUUGGUGUGAUAAAUGUUUGAAAUAAUUAGUUUCGAAUUGGAACUGCGAGUUACUUUUGCAUUUUUAACAAGAAAUAUAAUUUCUGGUAAUUCACCAACAUUUCUAUUGCAGUAUUUGUAUUGUCUAAUGGAGAAAAAAAAAGUGACACUUAUGUCAUUAAGAGGCCAUCUAAGGAAAGUGUUUUAAAAAUAAAGCAUUCUAAAUCCAAUGUGGUUAAGAAUAAGAUAAAAGAUAAGAUAAUAAGAUAAGAAUUGAAAUAAGUUAAAAAGAAUGAAAUAAUUAUUUUUGAACUGGAAUUGCGAGUUACUAUUUCGUUUUAUUUUUCAAGAACUUUUAUGUAAGGUAUUGAUAAACCAGCAUUUCUAUUGCAGUAUUUGUAUAUUCUAACAGAAGAGAAGAAAGUGCCAUUUGAGAAGGCCCUCUAGAGAAAGUUUUCUUAAAACUCAGCUUUGGGAAUCCAUUGAGUCGCUUGGUGCGAUUAAUGUGUGAAAUAAGCAUUUUCAAAUUAUAAGUAACUUUUUCGUUUAGAAAAAGUAACUUAUAAGUAGAAAGAAAUGUAACUCAUGAGAAUUGAAUCGACUCAGAUUUGUAUUGCAAACAAUGAAUGUAUUUUCUAAACUAGACUUUCUUUUUAGAAGCAUAGGGUCCAAAAAUAGAAAACUGCCUCUCGAAAGGGUAUGUUAUUUUUGGAGCAUCGAUUCUGUGAAAAUAUUGCAUCAAACAUCUAUUUUCAUAACUUUUAUUAUAAAUUAGAUAUCAAAUUUUGAAAACAUUACUAUGUUUGGAAUAUGGUGAAUAAUUUAUUACCGUUUGCUGACAACAUACCAUUUUUAGUUUCAUAGCGUAUCAUUUGUAUAUUACUUUCAUGUUAAGAUUUAAUACUUAUUUUAUUUUAUUAUAUAUGAUGGUGUACCAUUUAUUAUACAAAUUGUUCAUUGCCUAUCAAUUAGAAUACAUUCAAGUAGAAAUUGUUUCCUGUUUUUAAGUUGUGAAUUUUCCUUGUUGUACUUCAGUCGAAUAUAUUAAUUUAGUUAAUCUCAAAAGAACUGAAAAUCAUGUUCCAAAUAGCAGUAACUAAAUAAACCUGAAGAAUUAUUUUCAACAAAAAAAAGUAUUUUUAAAAAUGUUUAAGGCUUAGGCACAUAAAGAAAUAUAUAUUAGUUGGUUUCUUGAUUUUCUGUUACAUUAUUUUGUUGAGUUAUAUUAUUUAUUUGCGCUUAAUGCUAAUUAAUAUAAAAUGUUCAUUUCAAAUUCACCUCUAAAUAUUUAAAACCAGAGUUCUUCAGUCAAUGUAUUUCUUUUUUUCUUAAUGUUUUGAAGGAGAUUCAUCCUUGUUAUUUAAUGCAUUUUAAGAACAUUUUCAUCGCAUUUUUUUAAAAAAAAAAUUUUGAGGGAAUUUCUUUUUAGCAAAUUCUUCUUUAAAUGCUUUUACAGACUCAGUUCGAUUUUUUUUAAUCUUCUUUUUAAUAUCAAUUUCUAUGCAAACUUUUAAUCGCUCUUUUAAAAUAAUAAAGCGCAUCCCUCGAAAGUCAAAUUUAAACUCGAAUUAAAUCAUUUAACCCCUUCAGGACCAGCAAAAAGAGAAAGUAGUAUCUCCUCAGGUCCGAGCUUAUUGCUAAUGGAUGUGUUUUCCUGCUAAGUAAUUUCAUUUAAAUUAACAUAUAAAAUCCACACUGAAUCACAGCUACUGUCUCAUAGCCUGUACUGUCACAUAACAUAACUGUCACGACUGCCACAUACAACUGUAAUAAAAUAUUUGUUUUAAAAAAAACUGCGAAACUGACUGAAAAAUAAAACAUUAUCAAGCGAACCCCAAACUGCCAACCCCAUAAACAUUAAUUCAUUUUCCCACUCCUGCUAAAUAUAGACAAACCAGAGAGCAGUCUGAUUCACUAAUCCUUACGAAAGAGCCGAACACGUGCGUUCAUUUGUUUAAAUAUCUCGUAUCAAAUUUUUAAAAGAAUAUUUGAAACCGAAAUGUUGAUAAUUAAACAGUUAAACUGUUCGAAAUAACAAUAAAUUUCGAAUUACAAUGAACUUUACGAGGAACUUCGAACUACAAACUGGCAUUUAGUAUUAUUUAAAAAUUGAAAUUAAACGUUCCAAAUUGAAGUAAUGUCAGUGUGAUCAUGGACUGGAGUCAGAAAUGCUCAUUAUAUGUAUGAUAUUUGGAGCCUUGAAAAGGUUUAAAGAUUUCAUUGUCUUUAAUCCUGAAGGGGGUUAAAGACAACGAAACAUGUUUUUUAUUUGUUUUAGCUAAUUUAGUUUUUAAUGCUCAAAUAUUGUAAUUCUGUUCAUUUUAGUUUUAUUAACAUUCUGAACAUCUUCUCUCAAUUCGUGUACAAGUAGAUAUUUUUAUUCACCUACUAAAAUUGUUAAUGGUUGUUUUAGCUUGAAACGUUUCAGUCUGUUUUGACACCUAUGUAAUGAAUUUUUUUAAAAAAAAUAGUUCGAAAAAUUGUGUUUAAAGUAAAUAUUGGUAAAUAUUUUGUUUUAAAUGUUUACCUUGCUAGAAUGGCAAAACAGAAAAAAUAUCUAUUAAAAUUCAAAAUUUUGGCUGUGCUUCACCAAAUAUUUUUAUUGCUUUGUACUAAAUGCAUGUGUUUACGUUAUGUGUGCAAAUAUAUGUGUACAGUAUUUCAAGUUAUACAAUAUGUUUUGGAGAAGAAAAUCGUGGAAUGAAGUUAUUUUUAAAAAAUAAAAUACAUUUUGAAAGAA